GUCUGCUCAUUGUCUCGUCUACAACCUUCCCAAGCUCCUGCGCCUCUUACUGACCAGAGCGUUUCCAGCAUCCUAUUGAAUGGUCGGUUUCUACAUUCGGAUUCUGAGGCCUGCGAUGAUCGCUUAGCUGCUCUGCUGCUUAGAUAGCUUUCGUGAUCUUGUAGUUGCUAUUAGUUUGGACACUUCCUUAAAGCGCGAGUCCCAAUUGGAUCAUACUUCAGAAUGGCGAACAUUCCGAGUCUUUCCAUGUCAUUGCUUCUCCUGAUCGCUCUCGCCGCGUUGUCGCCUUUAACCGCUGGCCGCUCCGCGACUUACAAGAGGCGUCUCGCCGCUUUCGCCUCCUCUUUGCAGAUGGACGAGAGUCCCGGCAGUCGCCUCCAGCGAGAAAGUGCCGCCGCUUGGACUCCUUCCACGAACCUUCCCAGCUUCCUGCAGCAGAGCGUUCCGGCUGACUCAUCCAGCGACGUCGCUGACGCAAGUCCGGGUCAGAGCAACGGGGCGACAUCCCGCACCGACCCUGGACUUGCCGUUCCUGCUGAUUCUGCAUCAAAAGCAGCAUCAUCAUCAUCCUCAUCAUCGACAUCUCCAUCCACAGAAUCUACACAGUCGAACGGUUCUGUGAAGAACGACCCAAGCCCCUACCAGCAGCCAGGUUCGCAGCAACCAAACCAGCACCCACCACCGCCGCAACAGCAGCAGCAGCAGCAGCAGUGGCAGCCGGAGCCGUUCGGCCAAGUGCUACCUUCCCAAGGCGACCUGGCAUCGCUCCCCGACUGCACGCGGCAGCUUGCGCCCUUCCCCAAGCUCAACCGGUCGGACGAGGCGGUCAGGCGCUUUGCCUGCAUGGCGGAGACGUACCUGCGCCCCUGGGUGGGGAUGCCGCUGGGGGGCAGCGGCGGUAAGAGCGGGGGUGGAGGGGAGGCGGAGGAGGAGCCACGUGGCAUUAUUUCGCACGCCAUGCUGCAGCACGUGGCGUCUGAACCCGGGUUCAUGUCCUGUUCGGGUCACAUCCGGAUCAUAGACGGCAAGGUAUUUUUCCGCUACGGGGGCUUCCACUACCAGUGGGACCGCCUGCACCGCUUCGUGCAGUCAGUGAAGCUCAUCCAGGCCGCCCUGCACCAGUACGGCCUGCACCGCCUGCGCGCUGAAUUCUUCCUCUCCACGUGCGACCUCCCCAAGAGCUUCGACAGCUCCCUCUCGGGCAUGUUUGGCGGCCGGCCGAUCUUCAGCACGGAGUGGCUGCCCGGCACGCUGGACAUUAUCGUGCCGGAUCCGCUGGACCUGUCAGAGGAUUACCAGGCUGGCAAGGACGCCAAGACCCCCUGGGAGAGCAAGGCGAGCAAGGCGGUAUUCAGGGGCGGCUUCACCAACUUCAAGCUGGGCCCCGACCACCGAUGGCGCGUCAGUCCGCGCUACCGCCUGCACCGGAUGACUGAUUUGCGCCCGGAUUUACUCGAUGCGCGAGUCAUGAGACUACUGGUUGACGACAAGACAAGAAACAUGGCCAUGAACGACGGGCUGAGCGAGGCCCCCAAGAUGGGCAAGGCGGAGUCGCAGCGCUUCAAGUACGAGGUCGUCGUGGACGGGGGGGCCGGCUCCUGCCGCACUUGUGGGGUUCUGGGGAGCGAUCAGGCCAUGAUUCGGCAGGACACGCCCUUCGCCCAGUUCUACCAGCCGCUGCUGCACCCGUGGCGGCACUUCAUUCCCACGGACCACUUCUUCGGGGACCUCUUUGACCGUGUGGAGUGGGCUCGCAAACACGAUAAGCAAGUGCAACACAUCAUCGCCAACGCGCACCGUGUUGCCAGGUGGGGCUGUUCCCUCGAGGGUCGCACCCUCUACUGGGCCAUUCUCCUCGUCAAGUACUCCACUCAAGCCCUGGAAGACCCCUCCGCCGUGCAACCCCCCGAACGAGUCUCCACGUGCCCCGCGCCGCCAGACAAGGCGCGCAUGCGGCCCACACAGGACGAGAGUGAUCGGGAGACACCGGACCCGGCCUGGCCGCCCGUGUGUGCGGAUAAGGACGUGGCGCGGGUGAGGCAGCCGCUGUGCACCUUCUUCUGUGUGAAGGGACCCAUGCCAAGAAAUAGGCAGAUCUGGCUCAGCGCUGACCUGUUUGACUCCGUUGACUUUGUGGGGCCUCACCUAGCUGACAUGGAGUAGGCUGACACUAGGUGUGAGGUACCAGAUUCUUGAUAGGUGAGGCUAUCCGUUGCAUGUGGCUGUCAUAUAAGGGCGUGGUUCCUUAAAGCGAGGGUCUCAAGAAGCAGAAAACCAAAUCCAAAGGUUUUGGAUUUCCCCCCGAUAUUGACAGGGUUACCCUUUUAAGCCCCGCGACCAGCAACGACCUGAGAAGCGAGAUCCUGAUUGGUCCAACCAUCCGCUUCUCAGGUCGUUGCUGGUCGCGGGGCUUAAAAGGGUAACCCUGUCAAUAUCGGGGGAAAAUCCAAAACCUUUGGAUUUGGUUUUCUGCUUCUUGAGACCCUCGCUUUAAAGCUAGAACAGCCUGUGCCCGAAUUUCCACCAGACUGUACCACGCCCUAAUUCCUGAAGGUCUGACAAACUCGCGCCUAGCUGACAUAGAGGAGCAGAUGGCUGCUGAUGGGGCGUUGCUUGUUGAAGCAGCAAUUACGGCUGUGUGGCGCGUGCGAAGCUGUUUAUCUCUGUUGGACACUGUGGGGCCUCGGGUUUCUGAGCUGGCUUCAACGUCCGCUAUCAAGCAUGAAGUAC